AUGCUAGUUUCAAUUUCUUAUCUAUUCAAGCAAGCACAAUAUGGAGGACGACAUACAGUAACUUUAAUGACAGGAGAUGGUGUUGGGCCAGAAUUACUUGGUCAUGUACAAGAAGUCUUCAGGUAUGCUGGUGCUCCAAUAGAUUUUGAGAAGAUUGAGAUUAAUUCGUCAACUAAUAGUCCAGAAGUGAUGCACAAUGCUAUGUUAUCUGUGAGAAGAAAUGGAGUAGCAAUAAAAGGUAACAUUGAAACAAAGUUUGAUGAUCCAACUUUUAAGUCCAUGAAUGUUGCUCUCAGAACUGGAUUGAACCUAUAUGCCAGUAUAGUAUGUUGUAAAUCUAUACCUAAUGUAUCAUCUAGACAGAAUAAAAUAGAUAUGAUAUUAAUAAGAGAAAAUACAGAGGGUGAAUAUAGACAAUUAGAACAUGAGAAUGUGAAAGGGGUUGUAGAAAGUUUAAAGAUUAUUACCAGAGAAAGAUCAACUAGAAUUGCUGAAUUUGCUUUUGAUUAUGCUGUACAUCAUGGUCGAAAGAAAGUCACUGCUAUCCAUAAAGCUAAUAUCAUGAAGUUGGGAGAUGGGUUAUUUUUAGAAUGUUGUAGAAGUGUAUCUAAGAAAUAUCCUGAUAUUGAAUUUAAUGAUCUCAUUAUUGAUAAUGCUAGUAUGCAGAUGGUGUCACGUCCAGAACAAUUUGAUGUGUUAGUCUCACCCAAUUUAUAUGGUAAUGUAUUAAGUAAUAUAGCAGUAGGACUGGUAGGUGGAGCAGGUCUAGUACCUGGUAUGAACAUUGGAUCUGGUUAUGCUGUUUUUGAAACUGGAACUAGAAACUCAGGAAGAUCACUUACUGGCAAGAAUAUAGCUAAUCCUGUAGGAAUGUUACUAGCUGGCUGUGAUAUGUUAGAUUAUUUAAGUCAUCAUCGUCAUGCCACAUUGAUUCGUGAAUCAGUUCAGAAUGUUCUUAGUGAUAAAGGGGUACAGACACCUGAUAUUGGUGGUCAAGCAACAACAGUAGAAGUCGUACAAGCUGUUAUUGAUGAGAUCAAACCCAAAACUAAAAGCUGGUAG